UGCUAAACGAUGAGUUAGGCCAACCCAAUUUUGUUGCGUUUCUUUUUAGCGUUUUCUCCUCCCUCCCACGGUUAGUUUCUGUCUCCAUCUCUCUUCGAAGAUUUUUGCUCUUUCUCUCUCUAAAUUCAAUGUUUGCUCCUCCCUUUAAUGGUCGGUUUCUCUGCUCAAAACUUUUAAGACUCCACUCAUAAUUCCCUAAGAUUGGUACAUGUCCCUAUAAAACCCGGUGUUCUCCAAGCCUUUUCAUCUGCGAGCUCUCUCUCUCUCUCUCUCUUUCUCUCUCUAAAAUCGACCUACGCGCCCCUACUCCUCUUAAAAUAGGGGGGGUUCCUACAAAGCCGCCGAAUUUCCAGUAGCAUCCUUUCUGAAAACAGGUCGGAUCUCUCUCUCUCACUCCCCUUCUUUCUCUCUCUUAAAAUUAACGGAUAGAAAUGACCAGCCAAUUCUCCAAAAGUAGAAGGCUGCAGCCCUAUAAAACGGCUGCUCUUCCAGUGCAGCUCUCCUCUCGCUUAUUCCUCUUGUUACAGUAUUUCUUUCUCUCCCUGCAAAGCCACCAUAGUUUUCCUUUCCUACUGCCGGUCAUUUCUCUCUCUAGAAAUCGGCUGGUGUUCCCGUAGUAUCGUACUGUCUCUCUCACGGGCGUCUCCCUCCUUUUUCUCUCUCUUUGCGCUUAAACUGGUCUUCUCAGUGUCUCUCUCUCCUAGUAACGGGUUACGUCCUGUACCCAUUAGGACUUCUCUCUCUCUCUCUAACCCAGUAAGUGUAUUUCUCUCUACCGGUAGCGUCUUUUUCUCUCAUCGUUAUAUAACCCGCACACAUAUGUGUGUGUGACAUAGGGUGGUCUCCUGUUUAACCGCCUGCUUUCUAGUAGCUUCUCUCCACAAGCCCGUCCUCUACCACUCUCUCUACCAGUAACAACCCUCACGACAUAGAGCGCACUCCUAUAUAACCGAUUCUCCCAUAUCCUUCUCGCACUCUCUCUCUCUCUACACUACCAGUGGAUCUCUCUUUAAACCCUCUCUAGUCCAGCACCAUCUUCUCUAAAAGCCUUCUCUCUCUCUCCCCCAUGGAUCUCUCCUCUCUAUUCUAGGACCAUCUCCUCUACCAGUAUUCUCUCUCUAUUUCUCCAAUUGAAACCCUCGAAUCUUUGUAAGAGACAUAUCUCUAAUAUAAGAGAAUAAGUGCACUCCCUUCUGGAUUAAAAGGCCAUAUCCAGUAGCAUCUCUCUCUACAAGUCUCUAAUAUUAUAAGAGAACAAGCAUUCUCUCUUACAGUUCUCUCUCUAAAAGCCUGUCUAGUUUUCUAAACUUGGAUCUUCCCCACUAACCCCAAGGCUUAACUUGUUUAUUGCGAUGUUUGAUAUCCAGCACCACCAUCACCAGCCGCAGCCCCAGCGCCGCCGCCGCGACGACACGGCCACCGCCAUGAUGGCCGCAGCGCCGUCCUCGUCCUCGUCCUCCUCCUCCGUCCCAUGCAACUCGCCGUGCGCCGCGUGCAAGUUCCUGCGCCGCAAGUGCACCCCGGAGUGCGUCUUUGCUCCGUACUUUCCCCCGGACCAGCCCCAGAAGUUUGCCAAUGUCCACAAGGUCUUCGGGGCCUCAAAUGUCACAAAGCUCCUCAACGACUUGCACCCCGCCCAGCGGGAGGAUGCUGUCAACUCCCUCGCGUAUGAGGCUGAGGCGAGGCUCCGAGACCCUGUGUAUGGCUGCGUCGGCGUGAUAUCGAUGCUCCAGAUACAGCUGAAGCAGCUGCAGGGGGAUCUGGUGAGGGCGAGGGCCGAGCUCUCGAAGUAUAUCAACGCGGGGCUGGCGGCCGCAGUGGCACAGCAGCAGCACUUGCAGCAGCACGGAUUGGUAGGGUUGAGGGGUGCGGUUUAUGAUGGGCAUAAUGGGGGGUAUGAAGGGGGGAUUGUAGCGGUGGGGUUGGGUGGUGGUGGUGGGGGUUUGGGGCCAUUGAAUCAG